AUGGGUAAUCAAGAGUCUCAAGAUGUAUAAUUACAAAACAAAGAGAAAGAUUAUCAAGUGAAUCCUUAUAUGUAAUCUAAAACGACUAAAAAUUCAUCAGAUACUAAAAAAAGUUUAAAUAGUAUUUAAUAAUAGAUGAACAAAUAAAUAAUGACCCCUUUUAAGAUGAAUUUAAAUUUAAAGAUGAAAUAAACUCAGAAGUAAAGAUAUACAGUUUUUUGGGAAAGCCUAAACAAGUAAUUGAGUAAUAAUGAUUGUAUUUUUAUAAAUUAGUGGGAAGAAAAAUGAAGGAAAGGAAUAGAAUACUCAAAUAAAUUCUUAAUAAACCUAAAAUUCAUAAAAUUAAACUAAUAAUAAUUAAUAAAGUAACAAUUAUUCUAUAUAGUUAAGAUAAUGGUAAUAUAGAAGGAACAAUAUAAAUAGGAAUAGCUCCAAUAAUAUAUAUUGAGUCAGUUCAAACCACUUAGAUUAGUAUUGAAGAGUAUUAUUAGCCUUGGUUAAAAUAAAAGUUGCAAAGGAUUGGUAGAUAUGAGCCUCCUGAAAAAUUUGUGGAUGAGACUUCAGAAUUUAUAAUGAAUUAUUAAAUUGAUGAUAAAUAAAGAUACUAGGGAUUUUUCAAGAAAGGCAAAAGACAUGGUUAUGGAAUAAAUUUAACAUAAACUGAAUAAUUUGAAGGAAAUUUUUAAGAUGGAGUUAGAAGAGGAUGGGGAAGAAGUUUAACUUAAAACACUCAAGAAGUAUUAAGGAUUAAAUAUAAUAAAAGUCUGGUUAUUGGGAAAUAGAUAAAAUUUAGAGGAAUAUGGAAAUAAAUACAAAAGAUGUGUAUUAUUGUGGAGAAUGUUUAAAUUCUAUGCCACAUGGUAAAGGAAUUUUGAAACGACAGGGUAUUUCAACUUAUACAGGAUAUUUUGUAUAGGGAAGAAUGGAAGGAAAAGGAUUUUAUGAAGAUCUUGUAGAAAAAGUAAAGUAUGAUGGAGAGUUUAAAUGUGAUCUUUUUCAUGGUUUAGGAACUUAUUACUUUGUUAGUGGUAAGAAGUAUGUAGGACAAUUUAAGAAUUCUAAAUUCAAUGGAUAAGGAGAAAUGUUUUACCCUAAUAAUUCUUAUUAUAAAGGUAAAUAUAUAUAGAAAUUGGAUUAGGUCAAUUUGUAAAUGGAUUAUUUGAAGGUUAAGGAUACUUUUAUGAUUAAGUUUAGUAGUCUAUAUAUGAUGGACAAUGGAAGAGUGGAAAAAAAAAUGGCAAAGGAAAAUAUACUUAUUAAGGUAUAGAAGUUAUUGGAUUUUGGUAAAAUGAUCAAUUGUAAGAAGAUCAUUGA